AUGAAAUCAACAUGGAACCCACCAGACUCGAAUAACAGUAGCCUCGAAAAUUACAUUAAGGCAACCAAAGUUGAGAUAUCCAAAAUCACUACCAAUAAACCCAAACAAAACAUGAAUUCUGCCGAAAGAGCAGCAAUAAAUAGAUUACAUCAUGAUAACACAAUUGUAAUAAAACCAUUCGACAAAGGUCAUGGUAUUGCAAUCAUGAAUACAACUGACUAUAUAUAUGAAAGCCUUCGUCAAUUAAACAACGAACAAUACUACACUAAAAUUGGUGGUAACGAUACUAUAGUCACGUCUAAUUCGGUCCAUGAGCUCGUUACAGAAAUGUACAAUCUGGAUUUAAUCGAUUACGACACGUAUAAAUAUACAGACCCAUUUAACUACACAGUUAGAACGCCCCGGUGGUAUUUAUUGCCUAAAGUACACAAACCACCACCAGAGGGCAGUAUAUUUGUUGGUAGACCGAUAAUCAGUGGUUGCUCUGGUCCCACAGAGAAAAUAUCAGAAUUGAUUGACCACUUUUUAAUUCCAAUCGUCAAAAGACAACAUACUUAUAUCAAAGAUACUACAGAUUUUAUUAAUAAAAUCGAAAAUAUACAAGUAUCUGAUAAUAACGUCCUAGUAACCUUGGAUGUCGUAUCAAUGUAUACUAAUACUGUUCACGAAGAAGCGAUCCGAGCAACCGCUAAUGCAAUGCAAUCGAAUUACAAUCACAGUGACAGUCCUUUGAAACCACUACCUGGGGAAUAUAUAAUUAAACUCCUUGAAAUCAUUCUGAAAAGAAAUACAUUCGAGUUUAAUAAUGAGUAUUAUACCCAAACAUGUGGAGUUAGCAUGGGAUCACCGUCUUCACCUGAGAUUGCCGACAUUACAUUCCACCUACUGGAAAAUCAGAUUUUACUAUCUGGUGCUCGUUAUAUCAAAACAUGGUAUCGUUUUCGAGAUGACAUUUUCAUGGUAUUCAAUGGUACCAUACCUGAAUUACACAAAUUUAUUCAGGAUGCUAAUAUGCUUCAUGAUAAAUACCAGCUCACAUUUGAAUACUCAAUGACACAAGUCACGUACCUUGACCUUGACCUAUAUAAAGGACAACGCUUCCUUGAUCUGAAUAUACUAGACGUGAAAACGCACACCAAGACAACGGAAACGUUUCAAUAUUUGAAACGUAAUUCCUGUCACCCUACAUCAGUAUUCAAAGGUUUUAUUAAAGGCGAAACUAUUCGAUAUGCUCGUACAUGUAAUAAUGCAAACGAUUUCUUACAUAAACGUAAUUUAUUUAUUGAAAAAUUGCGUGUAAGAGAUUACACAAAUAACGAUAUCGAAAGAUACUCUUCAAUUAACGAACAUGACAAUCGUAUCUCACAUUUACGAGAAUCAAUGCCCUAUAAUGAAGGGCAAACAAUAUUCACAACUACGUUCAACCCAUAUAUACAAGGGUACAGGCUCAAAAGAGCCCUAUUAAAAAACUGGGAUUUAAUUCGGAAUGAUUUGUUACUGUGUAACAUUUUUCCAAAUCCCCCCCUUAUUGCAUUUCGUAGAAAUAUUAACUUGAAAGAUAAACUCACAAGUUCUAGUCUACGUACUGACAAACUCAUGAAAAAUGACACACCAAACGACGAAGAAUUACUUAACAUUUUAACUAAAUUGUAUAAUGAAAGUAAUAACGUCGAACAUUCUGAAAGCUAA